GCUCGGAUAACCCUCAGGCGCACGAGCGUCGCGCUUCGGCGAAAGGGAGGCGGAAGAGCGGGCUUUAAACAGAAUGACAGACUUGGAAGGGACCUUGGAGGUCUUCUAGUCCAACCCCCUGCACAAGCAGGAAACCCUAUAUACUAUUUCUGCACGAGGCUGAUUGAGUGGCUGAGCAAAACAAGGCAGCUACUGCGGCGGGAGGCUUUUUGCGAAAGGCGGUUAAACCAGCAUGAAGGAUAUGGAACGUGCUGGCUUUCAACAGGUUAUGGAAGAAGAUGCUCCCCCUCCAAAGCAGCAACCAAUGAUAUACAUCUGUGGAGAUUGUCACAAAGAAAAUGAGAUAAAAGCAAGAGAUCCUAUCAGAUGCAGAGAGUGUGGUUACAGAAUAAUGUAUAAGAAAAGAACAAAAAGAUUAGUUGUAUUUGAUGCCCGAUGAAGAGAACAGAGGAUGCAUCUAAUUGAUCUGAAUUCAUGUCCAUUCUGUGUUGAUUUUAUUUAAGCAAAUACUCCAAUUUUGGUUCUUGCAAUAAAAUUUUAUUUCAAGCA